AAAAAACCCUCGUUUCCGUCCUCUGAUCUCUGCGGCUGCCUUCACAUCAUCAGGCGGAGAAAAGAAGCGGAGAUCUGAUGGCUUUGAAAAGGAUCCAGAAGGAGCUACAGGACUUGCAACGGGAUCCACCCUCGCAAUGCUCAGCUGGACCACUUGGAGAGGACUUAUUCCACUGGCAGGCGACAAUAAUGGGUCCAGGUGAUAGUCCAUAUCAGGGAGGGGUUUUCUUCCUCACAAUUCAUUUUCCGACUGAUUAUCCCUUUAAACCACCAAAGCUUGCCUUCACAACGAAAAUCUACCACCCAAAUAUCAACAGUAAUGGAAGUAUCUGUCUGGACAUUCUGCGCUCACAGUGGUCACCUGCCCUCACUGUAUCCAAAGUUUUAUUAUCCAUAUGCUCACUUCUUUGCGACCCAAAUCCAGAUGACCCUUUAGUUCCAGAUAUUGCACACAUUUACAAAUCGGACAAAGAUAAGUAUAACAGACUGGCAAGGGAAUGGACUCAGAAGUAUGCAAUGUAACUUAGUUGGACUGGAUGGCUAGAUUUUGAAAUGGUUGCACAUGGACACUAUUACUGCACACAGCUCUGCGACGCAGCUGAACAGAGACAGAAGUUUACUAACAAAAGAACCUCCCCCACCACGAAUAGAUACAUACACGCACAUGUACACGCCCAACUUAAAAAGAGUCUCCCUGGUAAGAUGGCCAAAUCACAUGUCCCUGUUCACAGAGGCAUACUGGAACAAAAGCUACCUGCUAGUUAACAAAAAUAUCGUUUUAUUUUCCAAUCAGUUACAUUUUAGUAAUUUUAUUGUAUAGAAAUAAAAACAAUAAUGGAUCAUUUUUUAGUUUUUUCAUUAAAAGUUGUUAUAAAAAUAUAUCUUACAGCAGCUGUUUUAUCAGGACACGCACGUGUGCGUGUGUGUCUCUGUGUGUGUUAGAACGGACAAGAAAGACAUGAUUGUAUAUGCAUGGUCCUGGAAUUAGAUCACAUCAGGGAUAAAACAACAGUAACCAUAUUGUGCUUCUAUUUCUGUUAAAAAAAUGAUUAAAAAAUCAUUUCAAGGUAAA